GUAACGGCGCGUGUCCUAGAGCCAGUAAUAUUGGAGCAGGGUUUGUCCUGCCUAGAAACUAUGUGGGAAUACUAAUCACGCAAGACUGGGAUGCACCUAUUUCCGUGUCACUGACGUGCAAUAUGAACAGGUUCAACCAUUCCUAUUUGGCGGCCAUGUUGAAUGUGGCAACAUUCAAUUGUAUUGACGUGGUGGCCAUGAUGGCACGAGUUCUAUCUGUUUUCGCAUAAAGCUCUACGCAGAGAGCGCGCACAUGGCUGCGGUAUUCACUCAACGAGGAAUACAACACAUAAAUCCCUGGAGUCUGGAACAUGCUAUUUUUGGUACAGUAACAGUUUAAAAAAAUAAAAAUAAAAAAAUAAAAAUUUUGUGAAGCUGUUCGUCAAUGGCAACACAUUUGGAAUUAGGAAGCACACUAAUUUGUCAUGACUCACGAAAGCAAGCGGCCUAUGGCAAAUACGUCAGCACUUUCUACAUCAAGCGCAUCAGCGUCGUAAGUUUGGAUAAAAUAUAAAACUUUUCCAACAUUUCCAAGUUUUAAAAAAAUAUGUAUUACCAACAGCUUGGUACUUUAAUGUGCAUUUUAGGCCAUGAAAAAGCACAAAGCCAAUUUUGUACUGUCCAGUAAUAUGGGUGCAAAUGGCCACCAAAAAAAGGCUUCAAUCGAACGGGCAAUCAGCUGUAACAGACGAUCCUCUGACCAUAAUCGUCUGUUUAAUUGAGGUUCCACUGUAUGUCAAUAUUCUGGAACUAAACAUCGAAAAGAUGCAGCCUCAUCAAUAAUGUAUUAUUUUUUUAUUGUUGUCAUAUUACAUCAUGAUAAGAGGGAGUGGACGAGUCGUGCAUUGUACUUUUCCAAAUCAUGUUUCGCUCGCCCCAAAGUGAGCAGUGAGCUCCUCCUGCAGUCUUGUCUCUGUCCAUGGUGCUGAAGGGCAGCUUCCAAGGGAUUUGUUGACCAGCGCUCGUUCUGAAGAAUUCCAAUCAAUAAUCAUCAUUUAUAUCAUUUGUAUGACUCUUACGCACACAACGUCCUUCCUGUAACUGUGUUGAUUGGCUGUUUGUUCAGGUGACAACCUUAACUAGGAAAAUGUCUUUUUUUUAAAUUAUAUUUAAUGCAGUUAUUUAACAGGACAUAGCAUAUUCAAGAUGUUUUUUUUUUCCCCCCCAUGUUGAAGCUUUUAUUCUAACUGGGCAGUUUGGCAUAUCGGCCUCUAAGGGGCGCUGUUACAUGGUAAAUGGAUGUGUUGGCGCUGUGUGAUGCAGUGCAGCUCCCUCCUCUGUCGCUGCCAUUUGGCACCAGAGAGCUUCGCGUGAACGACGUACAAUCGUUGAGCUCAAAUAACGCGCAUCUGAUUGCGCCUGCUUUGGUUCUGUCUUUUUUUUUCGAUUGCGUCCCUUUAUUGGAAUAUUUUUAAUUUCAUAUGGAGGCUAAAAACAUUCAUCCGAGCCGAGGAGGAAUGCGAUGGCGACGCGCGGCCGGCCUCUUUGUCUUUUGGUGUUUUUUUCUCCACGCGAGCGAGGCCCAAAUCCGCUACUCAAUCCCCGAGGAGAUGAAAAAAGGCUCGCUCGUCGGAAAUGUGGCCCAAGAUCUCGGUUUGGAUCUGAAAAGACUCCGUUCUGGGCGGGCCCGCAUCGUGACCGGGGAGAACGUCCAGUACGCCGAGCUGAGGGCGGACAAAGGGCUCCUGGUUGUCCAUGAUAGGAUAGAUCGAGAACAGCUGUGUGGAGACGUGACGCCGUGCAGCUUCACCUUCGAGAUUUUGUUGGAAAACCCCAUGGAAUUGCACCCGGUCACCAUCGAAGUGUUGGACGUCAACGACAACGCGCCCACUUUUGAAAAUAAUCAUUUGCGAUUUGAAAUUAGUGAGUCUGCUGCACUUGGCUCCCGUUUUGUGUUGGAGAGUGCGUAUGAUGCUGACGUGGAUGUAAACGGCGUGCAGAGCUACGUUUUGACACCGAGUGAUCAUUUUGUUUUGAAGCAACACGUCAGUCCGGGAGGCAGAAAAUAUGCAGAAAUGGUCCUGCAGAAAGCCUUAGACAGAGAACAGCAGCCGCGACUUUCCCUGAAAUUAGUGGCUGUGGACGGUGGGAAUCCACAGAGGUCAGGUACAGUAAAUAUUGAAAUUAACAUUUUAGAUGCAAAUGAUAAUGUUCCUGUCUUCAAUCAAACCGUUUACAAAGCAAAAGUGACUGAAAAUGCAGCAAAAGGCUCUCACGUUCUCACUGUGAAUGCCACUGAUGCUGAUAGCGGUUCAAAUGGGAAAGUCACAUUCUCGUUUUCAAAAUUAAAAGCAGGAAUAGCAGAUUUGUUUCAUAUCGAUGAGGUGACAGGAUGCAUAUCUGUAGCAAACCAAAUUGAUUAUGAAAAAGACAAAACGAUAGAGUUCAUGGUUGAAGCCAAAGAUCAAGGAGGGCUGAGUGAGUCGACCAAAGUGGAAAUCGAAGUCCUGGAUUUGAAUGAUAAUGUCCCCGUCCUCAACGUGAUGUCCUUCACGAGUCCGGUUUCAGAAGACUCCCCGGCUGGUACCACGAUCGGUAUCAUGAACGUGAAAGACCAGGAUUCUGGCGAAAACGGUCACGUGAGGUGCGCCAUCGAAGGCCGCGUUCCAUUUCGCAUGAAAUCCAACGUGCGCAAUUAUUUUGCCUUGGUGACCGAUGCCGAUUUGGAUCGCGAAAGCGUGUCCGAAUAUAACAUCACAGUCGUCGCGUCGGACGCCGGCUCGCCUCCCCUCUCCGCCGAGAGAACUUUUCAUUUGAAAGUUUCCGACGUGAACGACAACGCUCCUGUGUUUGCCGUCAGCUUUUAUCGUGCCAACCUCGCCGAAAACAACUCGCCGGGUGUUUCCGUGCUGAGAGUGAGUGCCAAAGACCCAGAUGAAAACCAGAACGCUCGUGUCUCUUACAUGUUGGAGCAGGGCGAGAUCGGGGGAACUCCGAUUGCCUCGUUUGUGUCCGUGAACGCCCAAAGCGGCGUCGUCAGCGCCGUGCGCUCCUUCGACUACGAGCGGAUGAAGCGGCUGGACUUUGCGGUGCGAGCGCAGGACGGAGGCUCCCCUCCUCUCUGUAGCAACGUGAGCGUGGGCGUCCUGAUCCGGGACCAGAACGACAACGCCCCUCAGGUCCUGUACCCGGUCCAGCCGCACGCCGAAAUGGUGCCUCGUUCGGCAGACGCGGGCUAUCUGGUGACUAAAGUGGUGGCCGUGGAUGUGGACUCUGGACAGAACGCCUGGCUCUCCUAUAAAGUGCAGCACAAAUUUGGGGGCGCAGACAGGGGGGCGCUGUUUGAAGUGGGCCUCCACAAUGGAGAAAUGCGAACUGUCCGCCAAGUGACUGAUAAAGAUGCUGUCAAACAAAGACUGACUGUCGUAGUGGAGGACAACGGGCAGCCCUCUCGUUCGGCUACGGUCGCGGUCAACGUGGCGCUGGCGGACGGCUUCCCCGAAGUGCUGAGGUCGGAGUUCGCCGACGACUUUAGCGAGGACUACGACGACCGGCUGACUUUUUACUUAGUCUCGGCUUUGGCCGCGGUCUCCUUCCUCUUCGUCGCCUGCUUGCUGCUUAUCGUGUCGCUCAAAGUGUACAGGUGGAGACGGUCUCGCGUCCUGUACCGCUCCGACCUCCCCGUCAUUCCGUAUUAUCCGCCGCGCUACUGCGACACGUUGGGGACGGCGGGGACGCUCCCGCACGUCUACAGUUACGAGGCAUGCGCCGCCGCCAAGAGUCACGUGACGAAUACGCAAGCCGUGAGUCAAAGUUUAGUGAGUGUGGACGGAGCGGACGCUGACGUGCCGCACGGCGGCGAGCAGAUGUCGGGGAGCUGCUCUCGGAUGUCGACUUUGGUGAGUCAAAUCAGUACACUUGUUUCAAUAUAUGUUUGUUUUCAGAGUUUAUAUCACGGAGAAGCCUUGUUCUUGUAUUGAUGCAUAUUUUAAAGUCAUUACAUUUCAUUUACAGUCGUGUUCAGAACCUGAAAGCUAGGCUUGAGUAAAAGUAUACAGAAAUAGUGCAUCUUCCAGUUGGAAUGGGGAGAGUGAGAUUUGGUGGUGGAACCUCAAAGUCCAGGAAAUCAUUCAAGGAAAGAGGUUAGCUGAGAAGAAGUGGAACACUGAGAGGAGGAGAAAGAAUACAUUGAGAUGCGAUGUAGGGCGAAGGUCGAGGUGGCAAAGGCCAAACGAGGCAUAUGAUGACAUGUAUGGCAGGUUGGACACUAAAGAAGGAGAAAAGGAUCUAUACAGGUUGGCCAGACUGAGGGAGAGAGAUGGGAAGGAUGUGCAUCAGGUAAGCGUGAUUAAGGACAGAGAUGGAAAUGUGUUGACUGGUGCCAGCAGUGUGCUAGCUAGAUGGAAAGAAUACUUUGAGGAGUUGAUGAAUGAAGAAAAUGAGAGAGAAGGGAGAGUAGAAGAGGCAAGUGUGGUGGACCAGGAAGUGGCAAUGAUUAGUAAGGGGGAAGUUAGAAAGGCAUGAGAGAGGGUGAAAAAUGGAAAGGCUGUUGGUCCUGAUGACAUUACUGUGGAGUUUUGGAAGCAUAUCGGAGAGGUGGCUGUGGAGUUUUUGACCAUCUUGUUCAACAGAAUUCUAGCAGGUCAGAAGAUGCCUGAGGAAUGCGAGCAACAGAUCUUGAGAAAGCCUAUGACUGAGUACCCAGAGAGGAACUGUGGUACUGCAUGUGGAGGUCUGGAGUGUCAGAGAAGUAUGUUAGAAUAAUACAGGACAUGUAUGAGGGCAACAGAACAGUGGUGAGGUGUGACAGAGGAGUUGAAGGUGGGGGUGGGAGUGCAUCAGGGAUCAGCCCCGAGCCCCUUCCUGUUUGCAGUGGUAAUGGAUAGGCUGACAGAUGAGGUCAGACUGGAAUCCCUGUGGACCAUGAUUUUCGCAGAUGACGUUGUGAUCUAGGCGGCACGGUGAUGACUGGUUAGAGCGUCUGCCUCAGAGUUCUGAGGACCGAGGUUCAAUCCCCGGCCGCGCCUGUGAGGAGUUUGCAUGUUAAUUGACAACUCCAAAUUGCCCGUAGGUGUGUCGACUUUGGUGAGUCAAAUGUCUCUCUAAUUACUUUUACCUCUUUUCGAGGUUGUAUGACUUGAUUUAAUACAAAUCUUGUAACUUAGAACAAGGUUGUUAAAAUAUUUGUUGAUACUCAGUUGUCUACGAAGUUUGUAAAUUUGGUUAUUUACAAGCAGGGCUUGACAUCAGCUCACCAGCCACUGUGGCUAGUUGUUUCCCAGAGUUACUAGCCACUCAGCAUUUUCUUUAGCUUGACUUUUGUUACGUUUAAUAUGAUUAUAGCUAGGAUAAAGAACGAGAUUUACAACCCUUUUAAAUGUAUUUGACCCCUUUGCACACCCAAGCCAAGACGACAUAUAAAAUUCAAAAUGAGAGAAAAACAAAUUCAUUUUUGCAUGCCACUUCAGCUGGGCCAUGUCUUGCCAAUCACUUGCUUUGCCGACUGCAACAGAAGUACGGUACAUUCUGCUUUUCCAGAAGCUUUCCUGCAACGUAGUAGUUCCACUCUGCGAAGAGUUAGUCGCUGUGUCUGAGAGAGAGACUUUUUUUCAUAGCUAAAGUGACAAGCAAGUUUGGCUGUGAAUUCACUUCAUCAAUGACAGCAAGCGUGCAGUUGUUGACUAUUUCCAACUCGGUAAGAGGUCUCUGAUAUCCUUAUCACCAGGGUACCGGUUUAGUACUCGUCACGUUCGGCCGACAAAAUAAAUACUUCUCAGUCCAUUCUGUCUGGAAUUGGCAGAUUUCUACAUCGACUUUGCGUUUUUUCGGCCUUCGGAGAGACAUUUUGAAUCCUGUCUUGUUUCUCAAAGUGUGUCGCGAGGAGCAAUGUCAUCUCGAGCCAGUUGAUCCUUUGUGCAUGCAGCUAUUUACGGCAAUUCCACUUGGACAAACUUGUCAUCAUAUGGGUUUUUGUAUCGCCAUGAUUUAAUUGCUCACUGCAACCACACACGUUACAACACAUGACAUCAGAUUAAAAUAGGAAAGUCUGGCGGGCCAUAUGAAAUUAAAUUUCUAAGGGGGGCUACUAGUUAAAUAGGCCUGGUGUAUUAUGUCGAAUGUUGUUUGAGAAAACUACAAUGAAAUAUAUUGGAGUGUCGAGGAAGUUGACGCUUGAAUACCCAGCAUGCCCAGCGGCUUUGGAUAAACAGUUGACUUCUUGGUUGACUUUUUUUUUAAUGUUUCUUAUUUCCUAGUAGUCGUAAACAUCACGUGUGUCCAUCUACCCCUUUGAUAUAUAUUUUUUAUUUCAUGAGUCACAUGAGGAAUAUGCAAGCCAUGAGAAAGCUUCGUGAGUGUGGAUGGAGCGGAUGCUGACGUGCCGCAUGGCAACCGGCAGAUGUCAGGAAACUGCUCACAAAUGUCAACUUUGCUGAGUCAAAUAUUUCACCAUGUCUCCUUUAUUUGAUAUUAGUCAACAUGUGUUCACCCUUUCCAGUACCAAAAGGUUCCUAUCAGGUCUAACCCUUCGAUCCAAAGUUUCACGUGGU